CGGGCGUGCGUGGGUUACGUACGUGUUGGAUGGUGGGACAGCAGCAGUUGUGAAGGCGUGCACGCGCAGCGCAAUAUGGACUUCGCGCGCUUGUGCCUUCUCGCGUCCACGCUGAUGCUAGUGCACGGGCGUCCAGGCUCCGCCUCCUCCCUCAUGAGCCCCACAGAGCAGGAGGGCCUCACCGUGGAAGGCCCCACGGUGCAGCUCGUCCAGACGGCCCACCCUCGAGCCAGACGCUGUUCCUGUGAGAACCACAAAGACAAAGAGUGUAUCUUCUUCUGUCACAUCGGCAUCGUGUGGGUCAACACGCCAAGCGACGUGGUUCCUUAUGGGUUUGGCUCGGGUCGACUGAGGAGGGAAGUGGGUCGCUGCACGUGCACGCACGUGCGCGACAUACACUGCAUGGGCUUCUGCGCCACCGGCAGGCCAGUCUGGUAAAAAGACACUGAACAGGAAGACAGGAAGGAGUUUGUCAUCAGGGGCGGGGCUUGAAUGUGAAUUUGGUGUGACUUCAAAGACCAAUGGAAAGUGGCCGUUGCUUUUGCAAUAUAAGAGGUGGUUUAUGAUUGACAUGUAAACAUAUUUAAAUGAUUUGGAAAUAUUACACAAAUAUUGUAAUGUGAAUAAUAAAUAGAAAUGUACACUUCCUCUUACAGGUGUGCCUUAGGCUGGCCGCAAUAAAAGGCCUCUCCAAAAUGUGCAGUUUAUGUGGGGGUGGGGAUGUGGUAUGGAUGGAGUGGUCCAUGGUACAAAGGCUGUAAAUACUUAUGUACUGUGAAUACUUAUGUACAUGUCAUUUCUUACUUUAUUUUUACUACAAGUGCAAGCAUAAAUAGCCAGCAUGACCAACGCUGUUGAUGUCUGAGUCAGCAUCUUCCAAACUUGUUGUGAAAGUCCGUUCAGCUCAUCUCCACAUUCCAAGCAGCGGCACUUGAGUGAGCUAGUAGCACGUUAGACAUUUACACCGACAGCAGGAAGUGAUGUCAGGGUACUUCCUGUGAUGCUGAGGCAUCGAGUAGGACACUCAACGUGACGACUAGACCACAACCUCCACGCCAAGACGCUGCACGGGAAGAAAGACAGUCUUCAACAAGAGGAAGCAGAUGGGCCGACCCAAGACGGGCAGGCGGGAACUGGAACAGGAAGUAGUUGUCAGUCCUGCGUGGCCGUCCAGUCCAGUUGGUCUUUCUCGCGC